CCUCACUCUGCCCUGACUGACGUCCUCUCUCCGCGGCAAACCGCCACGCCGCGUCAAGUAAACACCAACUCCUGUCAGAGCAUGCAUCCUGUCAACUCCCUAUCCGACAUCCUCACCGACACAUAACCGACUCUGAAUGCUUCGCUACUCAAAAUGAGCGGCUCCUUGAAGCUGUCAACACUGCCACCAACUCGGAUGGACAAUCCCACCCUAAGCCCUAUCCGUAAACAAACAUUGUUACACUCGAUCCUCGACCAUGGGACAACUCGGUGACAUAUCGCCACAAGGGAGCAUCGCUAUUGGAAUCAUUGUCGGCCUCCUCUCGACUUCCAUCCAAUCCCUAGGCUUAACCCUCCAACGCAAAUCCCACCUCAUCGAAGAUGCAAAAGACAUCCCAGAGACACGGCGGCCAGCCUACAAGAGACGGAAAUGGCAAAUCGGCAUGCUCAUGUUUGUUCUCUCCAACAUAAUCGGUAGCACCAUCCAGAUCACCACACUUCCCCUACCAGUUCUAUCCACGCUCCAAGCAUCCGGUCUCGUCUUCAAUACCGCCUUCGCCACCUUAUUGCUCGGUGAGCCGUUCACCCGGUUCUCAGUCAUUGGUACUGUCUUGACUUGCUCCGGUGCCGCUUUGAUAGCCACCUUCGGUGCCAUUGGGGAGCCAGCCCACAAUCUCACGCAAUUGCUCGAACUUUUGUACCAGCGAGACUUUAUCAUAUGGAUGGUUGGGACCAUAUUCGUCGUGGUGUCCACAAUCCUUUUCGCACACCUGCUAAAGAUAUGGUCAUCCCACAAACACAUCUCUCAAGGCUUGCCCAAGGCUGAAAGGCCCCGAUCGGCUUCUGCAAUGUCUGCCGGAGGAGGUUCCAGAAGACCAUCUCUCCCUCUCACACGCUCCUUCACCGCGCAACUACCCCAACCAUUGAAAAUCCGUCUCGGCCGACUCCGACUCAUUCGCGGCCUCAGCUACGCCCUCAUCUCCGGAAUCCUCUCUGCCCAUUCACUGCUUGUCGCAAAAUCCGCGGUGGAACUCCUUGUCCGAACGAUCGUCGACCACAACAACCAGUUCAACCGUUUCCAAUCAUGGCUCAUCCUGAUCGCCUUGUUAUUUUUCGCCUUGACUCAACUCUACUACCUUCACUUGGGCCUUCUCUUCUGCAGUACUUCUGUAUUAUACCCAUUUGUCUUCUGCGUCUACAACAUCAUCGCCAUUUUGGACGGUCUCAUCUAUUUCCAGCAAGCAUCUCGCCUGAGCGUGUUACAUGCAUGUCUCGUCGCUUUAGGCACCGUGAUAUUGCUUUCCGGAGUCCUGGCGCUGUCAUGGCGUCUUGACGACACUACUCCAGCCGAAGCCGCGCAUCAAGCCCUCCCGCCAAAGACACCCCUCACCCCUGGGAUGGGCCUGGUGCAAUCACCCUCAGACGAACGAGAUCCUUUGCUCCCAGCAAGUGCAAAGCGAAGCUCGACAUCACUUUCUCGUCGUUCCGCGGACGAAGACACUCCUCUUCUUGGUGGACGAAAGAGGCAAUCGAUCUUCUCAUCCCAUACCCCGAUGGAGUCCACCGAGACUGCUGGUAUCUGGGCUGAACUUGAUGACGAUACCUCUCAACAAGAUUAUCUCGCCUCUCUUCCGCAAGCACCCUCGCCAUAUUUGACAAACAAUUUCAGGGCAGGAAGAAGAAGAGGAGAUUCUGCCUCGUCAGUUGCUGUCAGCACCGGAAGUAGACGGAGUUCGUUUGGCAGUAAACCCAGACACGCGAGCCAAGGUUCGCUACGAUUCUCAGAGCCCGGUCACACAGCAUCAUCCGAGAGCGUUGGCCAAGCUGUCCACCGAAGACGGAGUAGUGCUCCGCAUCAGCCGGUGGACAUUGGUGAACCUGGCCCAGAAGUGGCUAAUCCAAAAACACGCCAUAGAAGUACCUCAGUGCGAUUUGCCAAUACAGGCAGUAAUAAUCAAGGUGAAGAUCGUGGUCAGGACCAGCAAAAUCGACCAAGGUCAAGACAAAAGCAACCUCACUUAUCGCAGGCGAGUCGAUAUGAUUCCAGCAUCCCCUCAAACUCGAACGUGCCUGAUGAUCCUGUGCCACCUGCGACGGAACCAGAGUCAACUGGUAGAAGAUGGACGUCUUGGUUUCCGUCUUUUCAAGAAAGAAAGUCGCCAUAGACAUUCGAUGGUUAAAAGCGAGAGGUUUGUGUAUCACAGUAUCCAUAGGCUAUAUAAUGUCAAAGCAUUAAUG